AUGUGUCGUGGAAGCAGCCGUCACAUUUUCUAUUUUCCGUGGAGAGUCAGCCUCACCAUGCUACAACAAGUUGAACGAAUUGUCGAGAGUAUCAACACGUCGGUACGAUUUCUAAAAAUGUAAAUUUCACUGAUUUAUACCCAUUUUCAGGCCGAAUGUGCCAGUCAUAUCAUCCCACACGCAGGACGUCAUCUCUUCAGAUCUUAUAACGCUCUCUACAAAGCUAUGGUCAGUUUUGCUUCCGAAAAGUUUAAACAACAUAUUAAAACACUCAUUUUUUUAUGGCUCAUUUGCCAACAGAACGCUCUUUAACAACGGGUUCGUUCUCGAGAACCUUGUUGAUUUGUACGAAGGAUGGAAGGGAAUCGCCGAUGAGAAUCCGGGGCCCGAGAUCAGUUUCAGUCGGAAUGACAUUGAAACUCUCACUUGGUGUCCGGAGCAUCAGACUUUCAUUGACAUGUUCCGAUUGGAUAACAUUCUCGUCGGCUCUCACUUUAACAACGCGCACGAGAUGUUGGACCUUGACGAGUGAGAUCGGAAGAAAUUUCCAGACUGGGUUCAUGAACUUUCAUUUUUUAGGGUCUUUGUCCAGAUUGUGAGAUCCGUCACCCCGUCGUUGGCCGAGUCGGAAGAAGAAGAGGACUCUGAAGUUGCGAACUUCUUCCCCGAGCCCCAAAGCCAUGUGUUCCAUUUCUCCGUCCCACUCUCCAAUUGGCAAGUGGAGUCUGAGCUCGAACGCCGCAACAUUCUGCGAUCACGUGUCGAUUCCACUUUCCGUGAUAAUUCGCUGCACAAUUCUUCCCCGAGUUUCUCGCGUCGUUCAUCGAUCAGUUCGAUUGGAGACGAUUUCGAUGAGGUUCACAACUACGUCUCCCUUGAGAAUGGUCAUUUCGACGAGUUUGAAGACCUCAUGCAAAUCUACUCGCACGUCACUUUCGUUAGCGACACUAUGCCACGCCCGGUAAUUGAAAAUUUGAUAUUUAUUUCGCACAAAACUGAUUUUUUUGCAGACAUUCACUGUCAACAGUCGCGUCUCGAGCGAAAUUUCCCUGUUCCAGCAGAUGAACCUGGAUGAAAGCUCCGCAGAAUGA